UUAGCUACUCGUCCCAUUUUGGCAGUAGGAACUUCGGCUGUGAGCAGGUCAACCGCUGCUCCUCAAAAACGGACACACGCUGGCUCGUUUGGCUGAAAUGCGAACUUAUUCAUAAUAACACUGACAGUCGCCUUCUGAGAUAUUAUGUUCAUGUUUAAUGUCAGUACCUGGCUAGCUCAGCUAACGUUAGCCAGUGUAUGUAGACAAAGCUAACCCAACAUUACCCCUGUUAGCAUAAUAAUGUCUCUUAUCUGAAAAGCAUCCAGCACAAACAGCCGGUUUAACGCGUCAUUAAUCAUAUAAAUUGGAUAAAUCGUCGGUGCACAUAAGCUGAAGUCUUCACAGAGGGACAAGGUACGGCAGUUCAUGUCCUUCACACAGGCUGGGGAGAAGACAGCUGUGUACUGCCUCACACAAAAUGACUGGAAACUAGAAGUCGCAACGGAUAACUAUUUUCAGAAUCCAGAGCUUUACUGUAAGGAAUCCAUGAAAACAUCGGCGGAUCGGAAAAAGCUGGAACAGCUCUACAACCGUUACAAAGAUCCCCAGGAUGAGAAUAAGAUUGGUAUUGAUGGGAUCCAGCAGUUUUGUGAUGACCUCUCGCUGGAUCCGGCCAGCAUCACUGUGCUGGUCGUUGCGUGGAAGUUUCACGCUGCCACUCAGUGUGAGUUCACCAAGAAAGAGUUCAUGGAUGGAAUGACAGAGCUGGGGUGUGACAGUCCAGAAAAGCUGAAGGCCAUUUUGCCGAGAUUAGAGCAGGAGCUAAAAGACAGCGGGAAGUUCAAGGAUUUCUACCAAUUUACUUUUAAUUUUGCCAAAAAUCCUGGACAGAAGGGACUCGAUUUGGAAAUGGCUGUAGCCUACUGGAACCUGGUUCUGUCGGGUCGAUUUAAGUUCCUGGAUCUUUGGAAUAGAUUUCUUUUGGAACAUCAUAAACGAUCCAUCCCAAAGGACACGUGGAACCUAUUGUUGGACUUUGGUAACAUGAUUGCAGAUGACAUGUCAAACUAUGAUGAAGAAGGCGCGUGGCCCGUUCUAAUAGACGAUUUUGUGGAAUUUGCUCGACCAAUUGUUACAGGAUCAAAACGUAAAACUCUCUAAAUCCGAUCCCAGCUCUGGAACGCCAGGACAUUGUUUCUUUUACAACGACUUCAUAGUUUUUCUUCUUUUUCUUUUUUCUUUUUCUUGUUUCUUUUUUUAAGACUUGUACAGGAAAAAAAAAUUCUGAAAACUAGACUUGAGAGAGAGAGAAAGCAGGAGCACUUGAAACUGUCAGGAAACCGUUUUUCAGGGAGCUGGGUGGAAAAACUUCGAAAGUGGCCACGUUCUGUGUCCAGUUUGAGCCUGAGGCAUCGUAAUAGACAUUGCCAAAUUCUCGGCACCCUGGAUGCCCCAGCCACCCACCUCCCCCCCCCCCCCCCCCCCCCAGCCCCUCUGAUCUGCUCCAGGAGGACCACGAGGGCGUUGGGCACGGCUCUGAGAGGAGGUCCCCCUGCUGUGUCUGCUCUGAAUUGACUGGACGGGAGAAAGCCGUGUGUGUUUUAAGAGUCUCCCUUGUCAUUUUUUUUUGGGUUAUUUGAAGCUCUUGAGUGCAAACAUCCCGUCUCACACCAACUCGUGGACAGCGUGCUCACCCCACCAGCACCGACUGAGCUGUUGCAGUUUGUAACUGUACAUACUGUAUCUAACGAGAGUUUACAGAGGGAGCUAUAAGAAGAAUAAUAUAAAUACGCUCAGUCUAUAAAUGCAAACAGAUGAUUGUUUUAUGUACAGUAAAGAUCUCUAACGGGAUGCCUCGAUAUUGUGGACGGUAAUGCUGUUGGUUUAACUGUUUGUGGGAUUUGUGAGCUUCUCAUCAAAAGCAUGUUGACAUCAUUUUACAUCACCUCGAACUGGUUUCAGAAAUAAAUCCUCACUAAAGUACAGGUAGUGCUUUAAUUUAGCUAACCGAUGCUGAUGUGUGGUAUUCAUUUUUUUGAGUAAUCUCAGUUGGGAGUGCUUGUAAAUUUAAUAUAGUCACGUCUUUUCCACUGUUUCUUAAAAAAACUGUCUUGUAUUUUUAUUUUUAAAUCUGGUGACCCCCUUAAGGGUUAAACACGCGCACAGAAAAGACAGCAUUUAAUUCAGAUUAGGAGCCUACUUUUAAGAUUGCAUGGCACACAUCUGUAUGUUAUAGUGGCAGGAAGCUAAUAAGGUUCAGAGGUCAAGAUGACAAAGUACGCCUUAAGAAUAAAGAAAAAAUACCUGUCUGUUGAAUAUUUCUGUUCCUGUUCCACCCCCGGUCCGCUCAGUGUCACUGUAGCUAGUGAGACUUUAUUGUUGAUGUACGUAGCAUAAAUAUAUCACCCAUCUAAGGAAGAUGAAUAAAGCAUGAGGUUAUUUUUUUCCAUAAUUGUAGAAUUAUUUAUCUUGUUUGUUGGAAAAUGGCAAUGCUAAAUAUCCCAGCUGCUAAACAGAGAAGGAUAUGAUGGUUGAAGCAACGAGCCAAAAGUUUGUUUUUCUGUCUCUGAUCAACUUCAGUAUUUGCUGACUGAUGCUUUCUUUUGUCCUAAAAUGUUUAGAGCUUCACUAAAAUUCAUCCAUUUGGAGUUUUGUCAUCUAUUAUACUUAAUAUUUGUCCAGAAACCUGCUGCACAUCAAUUUUUAGUAAACAGAUCAUGUUUUUGUCCAUUUAGUCUUAAAGAGAUAAAUCUGGUUUUAAAUAUCUGCAGCCCUAAAGGAUCAUGUUGUUUGUUAAUCACAUGAUUAAUGUGAUACCCUGGUCCUGAUGAGAAAUAUUUAAGGGUUUAUGCCCAUAAAGCAUAAGCAUUUGUUUUAUGAAUUUUAUGUCAAACGAACUACAGAAGAGGAUUCCUAGCAGAAAAUAUUGUUGCACCCUUGAGAUGUCGCUCAUUCAUCAUCAAGGUAAAUCAUAAAAGCUCCCAGGUGUCAGUUUGACUUUCAAGGAACUCGUCCAACUUCUACCAUCUUUUUGUCAGCACUGCGUUCUCUCUCCUCCAGCUGAGCAUUUAACCUUUUGGAACAAACUUCAAAAAGUGAAUAAAAUUAUUGUGAUUAAUGA